AUGAAGAAAAGCAAGGAAAAAAUCUUAAAAAGACAUAAAAAACGCUCCAUAGAAGAUGCGCCAUUCUAUAAAUUUGAAUAUAAACCGGAAGAUUUGCCUUUAGAUCCAGCAAGACCAUUUAUUUUAGAACAAAUAAACAAAAUUAAACAGUCAAAGUCUGAUGAGUUUUUCCACGACUUUGAUUUGUAUAUACCGCCCCAUGGUAAUGGACAGCCGAGUUCAAUUAAUAUCCAACUCCCUGAUGUUUUUCAAUCUACUGAUCGAGAUAUCGAUUCAAAGAUUGGCUUUACCAAGUCAUCUCGUAACAAUGGAUGGAUUCAAGGAAAUCUUAGCAAUUCUGAGAAGAGAGUUUAUCAGAUAACAAAAUAUUUCAUUUCAACAUACAAAAACAGACGAGUGCAAGUUUUCCAUAACAUUGCAAGAACAAAAGCAGCUUUGAGAUCAAAAGAAUUUUUCCGUAUUUACACAAGUCCGUCUGAAUCGAUUAUCAGUAAAAGAUCAAAGCAAGUUUCUAAAAUUAAAGCUUCCUUAAAAAAAUCGAAGAACCCUUAUGGUUAUCAGUUUGAUCAUGAAAAGUUACGUGGCUUUGAAGAAUCUAAAGAAGAACUAGCGAAAGUCCAAGCACACAUUGAUAAAAUGAUUGCUAAAAAUUUAAAAAGACUUCAAGAAGAAAAGCUUAAAAAAGAAGCGACAAUGAAGAAAGUUGAACGUCACUAUCCAACAUUACGAGAGUUGCUUUUAAAACCUCGAGAAGAACCUCCAAAAGCGAAGAAACGUAAGCAGCCAAUUAGUAAUGUAGAAUUUUUAAAACGCCUCAAAUCAAAAGACAGACAACAAUCGAAAUAUCUUGAAGCGCUACUUCCGUGUCAUCCCGAUGAACAAAAGUUGAAAAUUCUUCAGAAAUAUAACAAAAGUUAUAAAAUUGCGUGCCAAUUGUUUACAGAAAACAUGAGUCAACGAAUGCAUAAUCUAUUUGAUGAAAUUAUUAUCAAUGAAAUCGAAACUUUUCCAUCCAAACUUUUUAAGAAAAUCUUUCCACGUAUUGAUGGAAAAAAUCCAAUAUGGAUUCGUGCAUCUAAAUUUAUCAUUGAAGAACAAAAAUUGUGGCCUAAUGUUAAAUAUGAAAUGAUAUUCAUGGAUUUUCUUUUUAAUCCCGAGAACAAAAUACGUCGUGAGGAAGCCGUCAUGAUAAUUUGUUUGCUAUUGGAUUUACAAGAAGAUUUUCGUUAUAAUAUCAAACGAGGCUUCAUGCGAUACAUUUUGCAGUCCGAAGUGGAAAGAAAAAGAUUUGAACUUGAAUCUGAGCCUCCCAAGUUUCCCAUGAUAGCCCUCAAAGCACCUGUUCCCUGGAAGUGUGCCGUUCAAAUAGCAAAAAAUCGUCUUGAAGAGGUUUUAAUGGUAAAUCACCCAGUCUUGCAAGCGAUCCAAAUGGUUUGGUACAAUCUAUAUAACGAUUUACUUAUUGUCGACACAGCAAAGUUCUAUAAAAAUGAAGUUCCAUAUCAUGCGGAAAACAUUACGAAAAUUAUCAACAGCUGCUGUAAAAUUACCAGAGAUAUACUUGUCAACGAUUGGAUGCCUCGUAUAGCGGACUUAAUUGAAGCAAUGCAGUGUUAUUGGCGUGAUUUAGUUCCAAGAAAUUCAAUUCACGAAGGAAGAGCUCGAAUUUUGUUCAACUGCGUUCACGCUUUACUGUCGCUACAUCUUCAAGGAUUAAUCAAACGGAGCUUGGAUCAUUUGGAAGAGACUAUUGAAGUCUACAAUUGUGGAAAUUUAUCAAACAUUUAUGAUCCACAAAGUUCCAUGCUUAAACGACGACCAUUAAUGACAUUAAUAGUGUCGGUUGUUGGAAAACACGAGGAGAAUGAUGUAAAGGACAAACCAUUAGAAGACGACUCGACAUUUUACCAAACUAAUGAAAAUGAAUCAAAUUUACUGCCAACUGAGAAACCAACAGCAGAAGAAAAUUCAGAAUCUUUCAAUCUUGAAAAUAGUGGAAAAAUGAUUGUUGAACCAUUCGUAGAAGAGCUUCCUGAUCUUUUCAAGAGUUAUUUCGUGAAAAUCUUGAAAGUCGGUUAUGAAAUUCCACGCUUGGAGUAUUACAUGACACAAAAGAAAGAACAUUUGGGUUUUUUACAUUACAUCAGUCAAGAUCAUGUUGACAUGUUGAAACUUUAUGAGAAGGUCAAAAAAAUUGUAAAGGCAAACCAAAAUGGACCAACAACAUAUCUUUAUCCAACGUAUCGUUUCUACUUUCCCAUUUUAUCCGGCAGGAUGAGAAGCAUCACUGAAAGCAUAUUCUCAUUGCGUGAAAUUCCAUCAUUACAGAUCUUCAAAGAGCUUAUGGAGAAGUUUAAUCAGCUGCUACAUGGAAUUUAUUAUCUUCGUGAUUUCAUUCCAUUGAAUUUGUUUAUGUUGGAUAACAGAAUCGUAAACCGAGUGUUGGAAAAACUCGUGCGUGAGUUGAUAAAUUUCGUAACCAAUUAUUUCGUGACAUUGAAUCAAGUUGAAAAUCGUCGGAUGUGUGAUGAGUUUGAAGAAAUGUCAAUAAACUCGGGUGAACGUCCGAAAGAGACACCAGAAGUUGUUGCCCUCCAAAACUAUCUUGUAGUCUGUCGUGAAGAUAAACUUUUUCGAUUGAAAAGUGAAAUUCAAAUAGUUAAGGAACGCGUUAUGUUCCUUCUGACUUAUGCUUCUCUGACACAAGAAGACAUAAAUCUUAAUUCACGUCUGUUUCUGUGGCCCAGUGAAUUGGAAAAAGUUUUAGACUUAUCUGCUGCCCGUUUGUCGGUGGUUCGAGAUAAUCUGGAGACAGCAUUGAAAGACAAACGUGCAAACUUUGAACAGAAUUUGAUAAUCGAGAAGAAAAAAAUGGAUUCGUUUAGAUUACGUGACGUUCGUGACGUUCUGUCAAUCGACGAUUUAAAAGAGAAAGUCGCGACAGUUGAUGGUCUGAUGGAAAUUCUUGAUAAAUGUACCAAAGAAGCGAAGUCAAUUAAUGUUGAUGAAAAUCUUCUUCAAAUCGAUCAGUCAUUCUUCCCAAUUCUCGAUGAAAUGAUUGAAAAAAUGGAACCAGUUGAUAAGCUUUGGCACACUGCAUAUCAUUUCGAAUCAUGUUAUGAAGUUUGGUAUUAUGGAAAAUAUGUCGGACUUAACUCGGACAACAUCCGUGAUGAAGUCGAUGAAAUGUCAAAGACAAUUUAUAAGUUAACAAAAGCAUUGGCUUCGAAUCCUUUCGCUAAGAGAAUUGCUGAACAAAUCCGACUGAAAAUUGAUAAAUUUCGAGUUUAUAUUCCAAUUCUUGAAUCAAUUUGUCGUCAAGGUCUCGUUGAUCGUCAUUGGGAAGCAAUCUCCCAAGAGCUUGGAGAGAAUGUCAAUCCAACUCUUUUUCCAACAUUAAGCACUAUGGUUGAUCUCGAUAUUGUUCGCAUUCAAGAUAAAUUAGAAGAAAUUUCCAAUGCUGCUGGUAAAGAAUUCGAACUCAAUUUGCAGUUGAUUAACAUGCAAGAGGAAUGGAAAGACAUGAAAUUUGACGUGACACGUUAUCGUGACUCUGAUCUGUAUAUUCUUGCAUCACUCGAUGACGUUCAAGCACUCCUUGAUGACCACAUUUUAAAAGCUCAAGCAAUGCGUGGUUCGCCUUAUAUUGUUGCCUUAGGAAAGAAAGCUGAAGAUUGGGAACAGAAAUUAAUUACAAUGCAAGAUAUUCUUGAUGUUUGGCUUCGUGUUCAGUCAACUUGGAUGUAUCUUGAACCUAUAUUUGGCUCGGAAGAUAUUCUUCGGCAAAUGCCUACAGAAGGAAGAAACUUUAAAAAAGUUGAUCGAAUUUUCGCAAAAAUUAUGGCACAUACCGUGUCUGAUCCUCAUGUCAUACAAACGACGGAUUUUCCGGAUAUGUUGCCACAACUUAGAACAAGUUUUGAAGAGUUGGAGGGAAUACAAAAAGGUCUCAACAUGUAUUUAGAAAAGAAAAGAUUAUUUUUUGCAAGAUUUUUCUUCCUUUCAAAUGAUGAAUUGCUCGAGAUUCUGGCAGAGACAAAAGAUCCAUUAAGAGUUCAGCCACACUUGAAGAAAUGUUUUGAAGGUAUUUCCGCUCUAAAUUUCGAUAACAAUGGCGAAAUUAUUGCAAUCGUAUCGGCUGAAGGUGAAAUCGUUCAAAUAACAAGGAAAAUUAAUCCAGCAAACGCCAACGGUCUCGUUGAGAAAUGGUUGAAGGAUGUAGAGACAAUAAUGAUUGAGAGUGUCAAGGAGCAAAUCUUUAAAGCAUCUGAAACAUAUUUUCAUGAAAUUCGAUCAGAAUGGGUUCUAAAGUGGCCAGGUCAAGUCGUUUCAUGUGUUUCAUGCAUGAGUUGGACUCAAGAAGUUGAAGAAUCAAUCGCUCAAAAUACAUUAGAAACAUUCCAACAUAAAUGUAGCGAUCAAAUUCUCGACUUAGUUGAUCUUGUACGAAAAAAAUUAUCUCCUGGUGCUCAACUUACAAUUGAAGCUUUGAUUGUACUCGACGUUCAUGCGAGAGAUAUUGUAAGCCUCUUAGUAAACAACAAUGUCACAUCGAUAGAUGAAUUCAAUUGGAUUUCUCAAAUGAGAUAUUAUUGGAGAUCAAAUCCAGAGAAACAAGGAUAUGUAUCGGUUUGCAUGGUGACGACUGAAGUUGAGUAUGGAAUGGAAUACUUGGGAAACACUUCAAGACUUGUCAUCACACCAUUAACUGACAGAUGUUUCAGAACCUUAAUGGGAGCUUUGAAACUUAACCUGGGAGGUGCACCAGAAGGGCCUGCUGGAACUGGAAAGACAGAAACAUGUAAAGAUCUUGCUAAAGCUGUUGCUAAGAAAUGUGUCGUCUUCAACUGUAGUGAUGGGCUUGAUUACAAAGCUUUAGGAAAGUUUUUCAAAGGAUUAGCGCAAUCGGGUUCAUGGGCAUGUUUCGAUGAAUUUAAUCGGAUUGAAUUGGAAGUGUUGUCAGUUGUUGCACAACAAAUAUUGACGAUUCAGAAAGCUGUUCAAAAUAAUGUCGUAAAAUUUUUAUUUGAGGACACAACAUUGAAAUUAGAUCCAACAUGCAACAUAUUUAUCACAAUGAAUCCGGGAUAUGCUGGAAGAACGGAACUUCCUGAUAAUCUAAAAGUUCUCUUCCGUACUUGUGCUAUGAUGGUUCCUGACUAUGCUAUGAUAGGAGAAAUAACAUUGUACUCGAAUGGGUUUGAUGAUGCUCGAGCGUUAGCACAUAAAAUUGUGCAUACCUACAAGUUAUGUUCGGAACAACUUUCAUCACAACACCAUUAUGAUUAUGGAAUGCGAGCUGUUAAGUCAGUACUUUUAGCUUCAGCUGCUUUGAGAAAAAACAAUCCUGACAUGCCUGAAGCUAAGAUUCUUCUCCGUGCAAUUAUUGAUGUUAAUCUUCCAAAGUUUUUGCAACAAGACAUUCCACUGUUCGAGGGAAUUUACAAGGACCUUUUUCCUGGAGUUGACAUUCCUGAACCAGCUCGUGAUGAUAUUAAACGUCAUAUGGAGAUUAUUAUUAAGAAAAAACGAUUACAAGGCACAUCGUGGUUUAUGGAAAAAGUUCUUCAAAUUUAUGAAAUGCUUUUGGUUCGUCAUGGAUUGAUGAUUGUUGGAGAUUCGAUGGGUGGUAAGACAACUGCUUACCAAAUUCUUGCUGAAGUUUUGAAGGAAGUGAAGAAUGAUUCUGAAGCAAAAGUAACAGAAUAUCCAGUGAAUUUUCGAGUUAUUAAUCCAAAAGCUAUUUCAAUGGGUCAACUUUAUGGAAAUUUCGAUCCAGUCACGCAUGAAUGGUAUGAUGGAGUUAUUGCAACAACUUUUCGAGAAAUGGUUUAUUCAAAUACUUCUGACCGUCAAUGGAUCAUAUUCGAUGGGCCUGUUGAUGCAGUUUGGAUAGAAAACUUAAACACGGUGCUCGAUGACAAUAAAAAAUUAUGUUUAAUGUCAGGAGAGAUAAUUCAAAUGACGAAUAAAAUGAAUUUAGUUUUUGAACCAGCAGAUCUGGAACAAGCGUCACCAGCAACAGUUUCACGUUGUGGAAUGAUUUAUUUUGAACCAUCACAACUUGGAUGGGAAGCACUUCAUAAAACUUUCAUAAUGCAAUUGCAAGACAAAGGUGUGGCAGAAGUUUAUUUAACUUUGUACGACAACCUUGUUGAGUGGCUUGUCCCAAUAACAUUAGAAACUCUGAAAAGUUGUCAAGCAGUUGUGAUGGUGUCACCAAUGCAAAUGUAUCACGUAAUGACGGAUUUCUUCAUGAGCUUCCUUAACAAACAUCACAAUUACAACCAAAUUUGGUUCCAACAAAUUUUCCUGUUCUGCUUUGCAUGGGCUUACGGAUCAACCCUGACUGUGGAAGGUCGUAGAAAUAUGGAAGUUACACUAAGAAAAAUUCUUUACGGUGCCAACGAAAAUCUGCCAAAGCCAAAAACGUUUUCCUUAAAUCGCGGUCAAAUGUUUCCUGAAAAGUCAAAUUAUAUGGAUUAUCGUUUCGAUGAAAAUGAAGCUUGGUGGCCAUGGCUGAAAUCAGAAGAUUGUCAAUUUCCUCCCGAUGCUGUGGUCUCUGAUUUAAUGGUGCCAACAAAAGAAAAUGGAUGCAUUAUGUAUUGGGCUCAUCAUUGUAUUUCAAAUAGUAUUCCGAUGUUAUUAAUUGGCCCAACAGGAACGGGAAAAUCAGCCACAAUAUUAAACUUUUUGAAAGAAUUGCCAAAAGACAAAUGCAUUGUAAAUACAUUGAACUUUUCAGCAAGAACGUCGGCACAACAAGUGCAAGAACUAAUCAUGUCAAAACUAGAUCGAAGACGUAAAGGCGUAUUUGGACCACCAGUUGGAAAAAAUUGCAUAAACUUUGUUGAUGAUAUUGCAAUGCCAGCAAGAGACAAAUAUGGAUCGCAAUCGCCGUUGGAGCUUAUUCGUCAAUGGCUUGAUCAUGGACAUUGGUCGGAUUUAACUGACACAAGCAACAUAGAGUUAAUUGACUUGCUUUUUAUUGGUGCCAUGGGUAUGCCAGGGGGAAGUAAUUUCAUUCCAAAGCGAUUAUAUAGACACAUGUUCUGCAUGGCAGUUGAUUCAUUUGAAGAUACAACAUUGAUGAGAAUCUUUGGAACUCUCGGUGAAUGGCAUUUUGCGAAAGGUUACAGUGAAAGUAUUUCAAGACUCUCCAAAAAUCUCGCUGCUUCGAUUAUUGAAGUCUAUUCAAAGGCAGUUCAAAUUUAUUUGCCCACUCCUGCUAAAAGUCAUUACACAUUCUCUUUACGUGACGUGACAAGAGUUUACCAAGGCAUUUGCAUGGUUCCAGCAAAAAGACUUAAUGACGUUGAAAAGUUGGUGCGUUUGUGGACUCACGAAAUUUAUCGCGUGUUUUAUGACCGACUCGUUGAAACAAAGGAUCAAGAACGACUUCUUUUAAUUGUCGAAUCUUCAUGUUCAAAUAAUCUUAGAAUCAAAAUGGAACAAGCAUUUGCCAAUAGAAUUUCUUCUGAUGAAAAGAUAAAUGAAAAUCACAUUCGAGAUUUGUUGUUUGGAAAUUACAUGGAACCAGAUGCCGAUCCAAAAAUGUAUGAUGAAGUCGAAAGUUGGAGUAAACUUGAGAAAAAUAUGACAUAUUAUUUGAACGAGUAUAAUAUGUUGUCGAACUCUCCAAUGGAUCUCGUUCUUUUCCGUUUCGCCAUCGAACAUAUUUCUAGAGUUUCACGUCUCCUUCAAAUGCCCCGUGGACAUGUUUUACUUGUAGGACUCGGAGGUUCAGGACGAAGGUCAGCAGUGAAACUUGCUGCAAGCAUGAGCGAUGCUGAAAUAUUUCAAGUUGAAGUUACACGUGCUUAUGGAUUCUUAGAAUGGCGAGAAGACAUGAAGAAGUUGCUUCUUAACGCUGGUCUCAAUUCAAAGCCAACAGUAUUUCUAUUCAGUGACUCGCAAGCCAAAGAUGAGAUUUUUAUUGAAGACAUUAAUUCAAUGUUGAACACUGGCGAUUUGCCAAAUUUAUUUCCAUCAGAAGAAAAGUCAGCGAUUCUCGAAAAAAUGCAAGUGAUUGCAAAGGCAUCAGGAAAGGUUUUGGAAACAACGCCACUUGCAAUGUACGGAAUGUUCAUUGAUCGUGUUAAGGAAUCACUUCACAUUGCUCUCACCUUUUCACCUAUAGGUGAUUCAUUUAAAAAUAGAAUUCGUGUUUAUCCAUCACUUAUGGUGAUGAUAUUCAACACAAGUGUCGUCUCAGCUAGUAAGAAAUAUUAUCUUGAACAAGGUCGAAAGAAUUACGUUACUCCAACAUCUUAUCUUGAAUUGUUGCGGUCUUUCAACAUUCUCUACACGAAGACAUUCAUUGACAUUACAAUGCAACGUGAUCGAUAUACCACGGGAUUAGAGAAACUCGAAUUUGCAGCCGGGCAAGUGGCCGUCAUGCAAAAGAAGCUUCAAGAUCUUCAACCACAAUUAAAAGUAACAUCAGAUGAAACAGAAAAAAUUAUGGUUAAAAUUGAGCGUGACACUGCAGAAGCUGAGAAAAAGAAGGAAGUUGUUGGUGCAGAUGAAGCUGCAGCUAAUGAAGCAGCCGCGACAAGUCAAGCAAUUCGAGAUGACUGCGAAGGUGAUUUAGCUGAAGCAGUUCCGGCACUUGAAAGCGCUCUUUCAGCACUUGAUACAUUAAAACCAGCUGACAUCACUGUAGUGAAAUCGAUGAAAAAUCCACCAUCAGCAAUCAAACUUGUUCUUGAAGCUGUUUGCGUAUUGAAAGGAUUAAAAGCAGAUCGUAAACCUGAUGCCAAUGGACGACUUGUUGAUGAUUAUUGGGCAGCGUCACAAAAAAUGCUUGGCGACAUGAAGUUUCUUGAAAGCUUGAAAACAUUUGAUAAAGACAACAUAUCAACACCAAUAAUGAAAAAGAUUCGCGAUGUUUACAUUUCUGACCGCGAUUUUGUGCCUGAAAAAAUUAAAGCAGUAUCAACUGCUUGUGAAGGUUUGUGCAGAUGGAUAAGAGCGAUGGACGUUUAUGAUCGUGUCAUUAAGAUUGUUGGACCUAAAAAGAUUGCUUUGUCGCAAGCAGAGAAUGAUUUGGCUGCACAAAUGGAGAAGUUGAAUUCGAAGAAAGCGGAACUUCAAGAGAUUCUUGACAAGCUGCAGACAUUAAAUGAUGGCUUUGCCGAAAAAUCGAGAGAAAAGAAGCGACUUGAAGAUGAGAUUGACAGUUGUGAAAAGAAAUUAGUGAGAGCCGAACAAUUGAUUGGAGGUUUGGGAGGUGAGAAGCAACGGUGGUCUGAGAGUGCUGCAAAUCUUCACAAAAGUCUGGGAAAUGUGAUUGGUGAUGUGCUUCUUGGUGCUGGGUGUAUUGCAUAUCUCGGAUAUUUCUCCACAGAAUAUCGGAAUAACAUUCUAUAUGAAUGGAAUAAAUUGUGCUUGUCUAAAAAGCUUCCAUGCACUGAAAAGUUUUCCCUUGCAAACAUUCUUGGUAAUCCAAUGGAUAUAAGACAAAACCAACUUUGUGGUUUGCCUUCUGACAACUUUUCAACCGAUAAUGGAAUCAUUGUUAAGAAUUCCAGACGUUGGUGUUUGAUGAUUGAUCCGCAAGGACAGGCAAACAAAUGGAUAAAGAAUCUUGAGAAGGAAAAUGAUCUUAAAGUCAUUCAACAAACUGACGUCAAAUGCAUGAAAACUGUCGAGCAGGCAAUUAUUAUGGGAAAGCCAGUGUUGCUUGAGAAUGUUGGAGAGACAAUCGAUUCUGGGUUUAGUUCCAUUCUUGAACGAAAUGUCAUUAAACAGAAAGGGAAACAAUUGAUUAAGUUUGGUGACUCAUUGAUCGAUUAUCAUGACAACUUUCGGUUUUAUAUUACAACAUGCUUGAGAAAUCCACAUUACCUUCCUGAAACGGCUGUGUUGGUAACAUUAGUUAAUUUCAUGAUAACAGAGCAUGGAUUACAAGAGCAGUUAUUAGCUACAGUUGUUGUUCAAGAACGUCCCGACUUACAGCAGAAGAAAGAAUCUUUAAUUGUGGAAUCAGCGAAAAAUCGCAACGCUCUUUACAACGCCGAAACAAGCAUUCUUCAAGUACUGUCAUCAUCUGAACAGAAUAUUUUAGAAGAUGAAAAUGCCAUAAAUAUUUUAACUUCGAGCAAAGCGUUGUCAGAAAGUAUUCAGUCAAAACAGGUUAUUGCGAUUUCAACUGAAAUUGAGAUUGACACAGCUCGCCAAGCUUAUGUACCUGUUGCAAAGCAUUCUGCCAUUUUAUUCUUUUGCAUUUCGGAACUUUCAACCAUUGAUCCAAUGUAUCAAUAUUCACUUUCCUGGUUCUUAAACUUAUUUAUUACGAGUAUCAUCAAAGCACCACAAUCAGAUAUUCUUCAAGAUCGAUUGGAUCAUCUCAAUGCUUUCUUCACGCGAUCAAUUUAUGAAAAUGUUUGCCGUUCGUUGUUUGAGAAAGAUAAACUCGUCUUUUCAUUUUCAUUAUGCAUUGGAAUUUUGAUUGCACGUGGCACGAUGGAUGAAAAAUUUAUCUCAUUCUUUUUAACUGAUGGAGUUGGACUUAAUAAUCCUCACCCUAAUCCAGCAUCCGAUUGGUUAACAGAAAAAUCAUGGAAUGAAAUUGUCAGAGCAAGUUCCUUGGAAGAAUUGAAAAAUCUUCAUGAAAGUGUUGCUCAAAAUAUUGAUAAAUGGAAAAAGUUUUACGAAUUGUCGAACCCAGAAGAUGAAAACUUUCCAGAACCAUUCAACGAUGUGGAAGAUUUCUUUUAUCUGAUUUUACUGAAGGCAAUUCGACCAGACAAAAUUGUUCCAUCAGUAAGAAAAUUAAUUAUGAAGCACAUGGGUCAUAAAUUUGUUGAUCCACCAACGUUUGAUUUGCAAGCUUCGUUCAAUGAUAGCAAGCCGACAAUUCCUUUGGUGUUCAUUCUUUCACCUGGCUCCGAUCCAAUGGACACAUUGAUGACAUUUGCAAAGGAACAUUCAAUGCAUGAAAAAUGCAAGUCGAUAUCAUUGGGUCAAGGUCAAGGUCCAAGAGCUGAAAAGAUGAUCGAAGAGAGUUUGAGAUUGGGUCAUUGGGUUAUCUUGCAGAAUUGUCAUGUAGCUGAAUCAUGGAUGAACGAUUUGGAACGGUUAUGUACUGAUCCUAAUAUUGAAGUCACCGCUCACAAAAAUUAUCGUUUGUGGAUUACUUCAUAUCCAAGUAAACUGUUUCCUGUUGCUGUGCUGCAAAACUCUGUGAAAAUGACAAACGAAGCACCAAAAGGACUUAAACUGAAUUUAUUACGAUCAUUUAAUUCUGACCCAUUAGUUGAUGAAACAUUUUUUGCGCCACCAUCAACAAGUGAUGACGUUAUUAAAUUUUGGUAUCGUGGCUUGUUUUCGCUCGUCUAUUUUCAUGCUGUUGUUCAAGAAAGAAGAGAUUUUGGUCCACUUGGAUGGAAUAUUCCAUAUGAAUUCAAUGAAUCGGAUUUGAAAAUAUCUUUGAUGCAAUUAAAAAUGUUUCUUAAGCAAUAUCAUGAAAUUCCAUUUUUUGGGCAUAAAUAUUUGACUGGAGAAUGCAAUUAUGGUGGACGAGUUACUGAUGAUAAUGACCGUCGCUUACUGAUGUCACUUUUGGAUAAUUUCUAUAAUGAAGAUGCAGUCAUGGUUGACAAUUACCAGUUGUCCGAAUCUGGAAUUUAUAAAAUUCCGCUGAUGCCAAAUCGAGAAAAUUGUCUCGAGUUUAUUUCAUCAUUGCCUUCGGCUACAAAUCCUGAAGUAUUUGGACUCCAUGAAAAUGCCGACAUCACAAAAAAUAUCAACGAAACGAACAACGUGAGGCGUUUUUGUUUAUUUUAUGUUGAAUUUUAA